AUGGCUUCCAUUCUUGCUGGAACCCUCGAGAAAUCUCAGUGGGUUCUUCAAAUGAACCAAAUCAACGAGCUAAUUGGCGAAAAUGCCCUCGACGCCGCUUCCAAGACCCCCAUUUCCGUCUUCCAGUUGCCGGAUUCCGUCCGCGACGCCCACCCAGAGGUGUACCUCCCCCGCCGUGUCGCGGUGGGGCCGUACCACCACUUCCGACCGGACCUCUUCAAAAUGGACCUCUUCAAACUUGGGAAAGCCAAGAAUCAGAAAUGGGGUCCUCAGCUCGAUCCUUUCCUGGAUCAGCUCAAGUCAUUGGACCUCAAAAUCCGAGCCAGUUUCGAUCAAUCCCUUGAAAUGGAUGCCGAAACCUUAUCCUGGGUUUUGCUGAUCGAUGGCUUAUUUCUACUUGAACUGCUUCAAAAUAGGUAUAAUGGCCAUCCCCUUAAGCUCCCUCUAGAGAUUUUUCAUGGGAAGUUACCGGCUGAGUUUGAGAUUGUUAGUGAUAUACUGAAGCUCGAGAAUCAGAUUCCUCUGUUUGUCCUCAGAGAAAUUUGCCCCAAACAACCCACUAAUUAUUUGCCUGAUCUCUUGUACAAAAUUUCUGCAUCUGUCUCUCCCUUUGAGCUCCCCUGGUUUGAUCCUGAAAUGGUAUUUCAUGAAGAGAUCUACAAUUUGUCUCACCAUUUGCUGCAUUUUCUCUAUUUGCUGCUUUUGCUUACUCCCAUAAAGAAUCUGAUACUGCGACCUCAAUCAAUUUGUUGUAGGGACGGCGAUUGGAAUGCUCCUCCUUAUUCUUAUUAUUUUCCUUCUUCUUUUGAUUCUGAUAGCUUCGUCACUGAGUGUUUCAACAUCUUGGGCUCUGUUAUUAACAUAGCCUUCCUUCAGCAACUGAAAGAGACCUUUAGUUUAAUACAACGAUUGUCUGGACUAUUGCGUUCUAUAACGAAGCCAAAUUUGGGUGAGAAAAAAACCCCUCGAAUCCCUUGUGCAUCAGAGUUGAAAACUGCUGGAGUGCGUUUCAAGUCCACCAAAAACGGCAUUCUGAGGUCUCGUUUUGACCGCAAAACGCUCACUUUAACUCUGCCUUGUAUUAAUCUUGAUGCGUUCUCUCAAGUGUUGCUAAGAAAUCUUGUGGCGUAUGAGGCCGUGGCGGAGCUGAAUCCGCCUUGUUUGGUCAAAUACAUUACGAUCAUGAAUGGGUUGGUGAGAAGUUCCAAGGAUUUGAAGAUUCUUGAGAAAGCAGAGAUCGUUUGCAACUAUUUGGAGAGUGAAAAGGAAGCUGUGGAGAGCUCAACCAGUAGCUUGAAGAAAGAGGGCAUGUUGAAAAUCCAUCUUGAGAGUGCUCAGAAUUCUGCGAGAAGUGAGUACCUUCGAGAAUUGGAGGCAAAUUAUAAGGAGGGAUUGAGGGACAUGGUUGAGGAGAUCAAUAAAUGGUAUGGGAAUUGUUGGAGAAUGAAGAUGAAGAAAUUUUUGUCUCUUGUUUUGCUUUGUUUUGCAAUUCUUGUGGUUGUGUUACUCAUUGGUGCUGUGAUUGCUCGAUUCAUCUGCGGUUUUAGUUUUGUCAGCUGUCCCAAGGGAAUAUUCAAAGCUAGCAUUGCUCUGCAUCAGACGUAUUGA